AUGACGGUCGUCACAAAAACCUCCGGCUCAAAGAACAAAUAUCAAAAGGUCGAGAGAGAUCAAGCGAUUAGUGAUCAAUUCCUCUCAGCUGACCUCGAGGAAAUGGAGAGACUUCAAGAAGAAAGCAAGAAGAUGAAAUACCGAGCAGCAGUCGUUUGGCGAAACGUGAUCCUCUUCAUUUUUCUUCACAUUGGCGCUUUUUGGGGCGUUUAUCACAUGUUCACCGAAGCGAAAUGGGCCACCGUUGCAUGGACUUUCGGUCUCUGGGUGUUCUCAGGAGUGGGCAUUACGGCUGGCGCUCAUCGUCUUUGGGCUCAUCGCUCCUACAAAGCUACCCUUCCAGCUAGAAUCAUUCUCAUGAUUUGUCAAACGAUGGCUUUCCAAAAUGACAUUAUCGAGUGGGCUCGUGAUCAUCGUUGCCAUCACAAAUGGACUGAUACUGAUGCCGAUCCACAUAACACUCGACGAGGCUUCUUCUUCGCUCACAUGGGAUGGUUGUUGAUGAAGAAGCAUCCACAAGUGAAAGAAAAUGGAGGAAAACUUGACUUAAGUGAUCUCUUUGAAGAUCCCGUUUGCACUUUCCAGAGAAAAUAUUAUCUUCCAUUGGUUGCUCUUAUUUGUUUCCUUUUGCCGACAGCGAUUCCUGUGUUUUUGUGGGGUGAAUCGGCUGCUGUCGCCUAUACAACAGCCGCUGUAUUCCGUUAUUGUUGGACACUUCAUGCCACUUGGUGUGUCAACUCAUUCGCUCACUAUAUCGGUUAUAAACCGUACGAUCGAACGAUCACUUCAGUCGAAUCGGUUUGGACAACAUUGGUUGCUGUUGGUGAAGGAGGACACAACUUUCAUCACACUUUCCCUCAAGAUUAUCGUGCCUCAGAGUAUUCAAUUCAAUACAAUUGGACUCGAAUGUUAAUUGAUACAUUCGCCGCUUUGGGAUGGGUUUAUGAUCGGAAAAUCGUUGCUGAUGAAGUGAUUCAGAGACAGAUCGAAAAACACGGCGGUUUGAAGAGUCACGAACAC